GGCGGCUGGGGCUCUUCCCGGGACGCCCUCAUCACGCUGUGACCUUCAGGUGACCUUCAGUGUGGCCAGGCUCAUGUGAUGCCCAGGGGCGAGCUGUUCUGAGCCACGUGGUCCAGCCACCUGCCUGUCCCACACGCCCCCACCGAGCGCGUCAGCACCAUUCACCAAUGGAGUCCAGAGGGAAGUCAGCCAGCAGCCCCAAGCCUGACACCAAGGUCCCGCAGGCCACCACUGAGGCCAAGGCUCCCCUGGCUGUGGAUGGCAAAGCCCCCUUGACCAAGCCCAUGAAGAAGGAGGCCCAAGCAGAGAAGCAGGAGCAGCCAGCAGCCCCUGCCCCAGCACCUGCCAAGAAGACCACGGCCAAGGCAGACCCCGCCCUUCUCAACAACCACAGCAACCUGAAGCCACCCCCCACAGCACCCACGGCACCCAGCAGUCCUGACGCAACCCCAGAGCCCAAGGGUCCUGGGGACGGGGAGGAGGAAGAGGAGACCGCUAGUGGGGGCCCAGGGGGGCGUGGUCCCUGCCCUUUUGAGAACUUGACCCCCCUGCUGGUGGCUGGGGGUGUGGCUGUGGCAGCUGUGGCCCUGAUUCUUGGUGUGGCCUUCCUGGCCCGGAAAAAAUGAUGCUUGGUGCCCAGGUGGGGGCAUGGAGCCACUUCCUGUACAGGCCUGGGGAAACUAGUGCAUGCAGAGUUCACACGUAUUUAGCUACACAUACGCACAUACAUAUUCUACAUAUAUAUGAAUAUAUGCCUCCCACGUACACACAGCAGGAGAGGGGUGGACAGGCUCACCUGGCAGAAGGCCCUGAGCCCACCUCUCCUGCCCCCAGCACUUCCCUCUCCCGACCUCCAGGGCAGAAGGAGCUGAGGCUCUGGGGUUUCCAGGGCAGGACAGGUGGAGCUCUGGCAUCGGCAAGCGGGCUGAGCCUGGGCCGGGGCAGCCGGGGGAAGCCAGGAAGGAAUGGACCCUGAGCAUGGCCUGCGCCCAGCUGAACGUGUGUCCUUGUGAACACCCUCCUGUGUGCCUGUCCCCACAGGCCCCAGUGGUCCUGGGCCUUCCUGGUAGCAGCAUCCUGAGAAGCCCCCAGGGCUGGUCUCUGAAGUACGGCGGGUGGGGGGCCACUGGAAUGGGUUUUGAACAGGGUCUGCCCCUUGUGGGGACAUUAAAGGGCAUGGCUAUUUCACUGUCCCAUUUCUGCUCUUUGUGUGGAGCGGGCGGUCAUCUGUCUGGGCCCGAUGUAGUGGGGCUGACCUGUGGCCCUGUGGCGGGUGUCAUAUAGGAAGAGCCUCGCCUCAGUGCCACCUGCACCAUCAUCCUGCCCUGGCUGGGUGGACAGAUGAAGCCUAAAGGCUGGUCUUGAGAAGGAGGCAGGGGGAACAUCGGGGACCCCACCCCACAGCUGUGCCUGCCCACUUCCCCGCUAGACGGCCCCUCCUGCCUGCACCGGGUCCUCUAACAAGCGUAUAAAUGCAAUAACACAGGUAGAGUAGAGCUGCUUGGCAGGUGACCGUGCCCCACCGUCCACUGCCCCAUGGUGCCUGCAGGGAGACCCGCCGCGCAGCCCCUCCUCAGCGGAUCUGAACCCAGCUUGGAUCUGGGCCUAGUGGCAGGGGCCAGGCUCCCAGAAGGUGGCGGUGGGCACCGUGGGAACGUGAUGUGCCCUUACCUGGCAGUGGCCACAGGAACUCUGGGCCUGAGUGGAGGCUGAGUCUGAAAUAAACUCUGUUGUCUAAA